CAUGGAUGGGUUCCCUUGUUCCCAUCGGUCUAAUGCUUCAUCGAUCUUCUCGAGGGCACCUGACUGGUUCGCCUUCCCUUGCAAUCUUGAUGUGGUCUGGGAUCAUUGUGCCGUCUAUUCCAUUUACGAAGUGGUUGGCUCUCACUCUGUCUCUAUGCUCGAGUUUUCCGAUCGGUAUCAUUUCCGUCUUAUUGAUAUUGAAUCUAGCGCCCGACGCUAUGCACCAUUCAUCGACAAUGUCUAGUAGGGCCCCAAAGUCGUCCUGCCAGUCUAGGUAGACAAUUGUG